AUGCCCUUUGCAAAAGAGAAAGCGAAGCAUCUCGCUGAGAACUUGUUCAAUAAGAUCAUUGAUUCGCUCGACAAGAAAGAUUCUCCACCUCCACCGCCUCCAAAGCCCCCUCAAGUUAACUAUGCUGCCCGGCCUUCAGACCAGGAUUUUCUUCAAUCAUUCAACGAUCUCAGUCUGUCCAAUGUCCCUCCCCCUAGUAUCUCCUCUGCAGGUGGAGGCUUCGUUGGCGGAUUUCACCCAAAUUUAAACGUUCCCCGUCCUCCCACAUUCCAGCACUCGGCGAGCGCGCCCAAUAUGCCAUCUGGUUAUUAUGCGCCUCAGUCAUUGACAAUGCAGAUGGCCCUGGGUGACGAUAUCCCACCACCUCCUAUACGUCCCCAUUCUACCCCGCAGCUUCCGCUUUCCACUUCCCAACUCCCUUCGAAGUCAAGUUCGAAGCCCCCAAGGCCAAUAAGGAAGCGCUCAGCGUCAACACCGCCCACACCAACGGACCAGAACGAUCAAUUUCGAUGUGCGGGAGUGACCAAGGCGGGCAAGCGUUGCGUCCGCAUUGUGAAAACGGGAGGAGCACUGGCACAGGUCAUUGGCAAUAACCAAGAUCAAGAUUCUCCAGCUUUGCCAAGGUUUUGCCAUCAGCAUCAGAAAGAAGUCCUUGAACCCAGUGGUUAUUAUUCAAAGAAAAACGGGGAGUUCGUGACAUUCGAUGCUUGGAUUCCACAAUACCUCCAAGCGGAAACGCGGGUGUCCCUCCGGGUUGAAAUGGAAAAAUCAAGGUCCCCUUCCGAUGUUGAGGGGUACAUUUACACGUUUGAGAUUCGCGAACCGUCCCAGGACAAAACCAUAAAGCUCAAAGUGGGACGAGCAGUAAAUCUAGUCAAGAGGAUUGACCAAUGGGGGAAGCAAUGCGGUUCAAAGGAGCAGAUAUUGCGAGGAUUUUACCCUGGAGUUGUGGAACCGGAUGAGGACGGAGGAGAAGGAAGCCUUAUGAAGGGUCGAGUGAGGGCAGGAGAAAAAGCAGCGUGGUGUCACCGCCUGGAGCGUUUGAUCCACCUAGAGCUAGCUGACCUAGUUGCUACUUGCGUAUACCUUGACCCAGAGUGGCCAAAAGUUGAAAGCAGUUCAAAUGAAGUCACAGUGACGUCUUCACCGCGAAAGAAGAGCAACCAAAAGAAGAAUGGCGAUGCGCAGCCGUGUCCGGAUUGUGGGAGCGUUCACAAAGAAAUUUUUGAGUUUGAAAGAUGGAAACAGGGCAAGAAGGCAGGGAAAGAAUGGGAGCUUGCCGUGAAGCCUGUCAUUGAGCGAUGGGGUAAAUUUGUGGAAUUGUAUGUGUGA